ACCUCUCUAUCUCGCAGUUUUAUUUAAGUCCAAGUCAGCCAGCUUCCCCGGACUACUACAACCACCAAGCUUCACUCCCUAUCAGAUCCGCAAAUAUGUCCUCAGAAACACCGGCGCCAGAAGUUGCAUCCAUCGCAACUCCAACCAACCUCGUCCUCUUCACAUUCCUCCUCUUCCUCGUCUAUAUCCGCCUCCGCCCCUCCACCCCCACCUCCCUCCCCAAGCCCCCCGCCCCCAUCACCUUCCGCACCUUCACCCCACACACCCUCCUCCCGUACAACGGCACCAACAACCAACCCGUCUAUCUCUCCGUCCGCGGCCGCGUCUUCGACGUCACACCCGGCCGGAACUUCUACGGGCCCGGCGGCCCCUAUGAGAACUUCGCGGGGCGGGAUGCGAGCCGCGGGUUGGCGUGCGGGAGCUUCGACGAGGAGAUGUUGACGAAGGAUUUGGAUGCGGAGUUGGAUACGUUGGCGGAUUUGGGGGGGGAGGAGAUGGAGGCGUUGAGGGGGUGGGAAGAGAGGUUUGAGGAUAAAUAUUUGGUGGUGGGGAAGUUGGUGUCGGUGAAGGGUGCAGAGGCGGAGAAGGGGGCGUAGAGGGGCUGUGGGCUUGGGGGGUUUCCGCGAUCCGGCCACGACGAUGGGAUGACCUAGCUAUGUUCAAGGAUUGUCAGUCAUAUAUCACGUUGUCAUAUCUUAUCCACGAAGAUCAAGCUGGAAGAGCGAAUUUCCAGUGGAAGGGUACCCCUCUGCGGGCGAUAAUUAUGCAGAUAAUGCAAGAAAUGUGAGGCCCUCAAAGCCUACCCCUGCUUU